GCCGGGCGGAGCUGCGCACGCGCACGGCCGAGGCGCGCCCCUGGCGGCCGUUGAAAAAUGGCGACUGUCGCCGAGCUGAAGGCUGUUUUAAAGGACACCUUGGAAAAAAGAGGCGUAUUAGGGCAUUUAAAAGCAAGGAUUCGGGCUGAAGUUUUCAAUGCCCUAGAUGAUGAAAGUGAACCCCGACCAUCAUUGUCUCAUGAAAACCUUCUAAUUAAUGAAUUAAUUCGGGAGUAUUUGGAAUUCAACAAAUAUAAAUAUACAGCAUCUGUCCUUAUAGCAGAAUCUGGUCAACCUGUAGUUCCAUUGGACAGACAGUUUCUGAUCCGUGAACUCAACGCAUUUGAAGAAUCAAAGGAUAAUACAAUACCUCUUUUAUAUGGGAUUUUAGCUCAUUUCUUGCGUGGAACUAAGGAUGACAUCCAAAAGGCGUUUCUGAAAGGGUCUUCACUUCAGCCUCCAAACCCAAAUCAUGGCAGACAACCUAGCGGAAGAAAGCAAAUGGAGGAGCGCCUGCCCUGCCCACAGAAGGAGCAGAGGAGGAGCCCCAAUGCAGAAGAUGUGCGCCUUCCUGCAGCCAAGAGAUGACAUGUCCAUCCGGGGCAUCUUUUAUCUUUAACUUGUAUGUAUUAAAUAACUUAUUUAUUCUCCCAGUGUCACCAGAAUUCAUCACUAGUCUUUGUACUUGUAGAAAUGUGAGUUUCUGCAAAACCUUUAGCCCCUCUUGUUUUACCAUGUCUGUGAAUAAAAGCUGACUCUGUCAUCUAACUUAUUGGAUUUGACUUGAAAGAAGAUGUAUGGUUUUUAGGAAUAUUUUAUUUUUCCUUUCUUGGCUGCGAUGCAGCACAUGGAGUUUCUGAACCAGAGAUCAGAUCGGCACCACUGUUGCAACCUAGGCUGCCUUUGCUGGCAACGCUGGAUCCUUUAACCCACUGUGCCAGGCCAGGGGUGGAAUCUAUGUCCUGGCGCUGCAGAGCCGCUGCUGAUCCCAUUGUGCCACAGUGGGAACUCCAUUAGGAAUAUUUUAAAGGUCCUUUAAUUUGUGAGAAAUGAAAAGGUUUUUUGGGGUGUUUUUGUUUGUUUGUUUUUUCUCUUUUUGCCUUUUCUAGGGCUGCACCUGCGGCAUAAGGAGGUUCCCAGGCUAGGGGUCUAAUUGGAGCUGUAGCCACAGGCCUACGCCAGAGCCACAGCAAUGCGGGAUCUGAGCCGUGUCCGCAACCUACACCACAGCUCACAGCAAUGCCGAAUCCUUAACCCACUGAGAGAGGCCAGGGAUCGAACCCGCAACCUCAUGGUUCCUAGUCGGAUUAGUUAACCACUGAGCCACGACGGGAACUCCCUUUUUUUUUUUUUUUUUUUUUUUUAAGUACCCUGUAAAUUUUUCUUAAAAAAGAAAAAAAUCAGGUCUUUAUAGCCAUAUGCUCUGUUCUUUACUAUGGCAUAUUAAUUAAAUUUCCUUCAGGCUGGAAUUAUGUGGAUUUAUAGGAAAAUUCAUUUAUGUUAAAAUUUUUUUUAAAGAAUACUAAAGCCAACAAAACUAUAAGUCCUAUAAAGUUUGAUCUUUUGCGAGGGCUAGUUAUUUUUCAGAUAACCAUUUAUAUUUAGGUUUAAAUAUCUAAAUGACUAUCUAAACUUUUAAACUAGGAAACAAUGUACUUUUUCUUUCCUUAGACCCUUUUGGCUUCUCCUAGAAGACCUAAUUAAAAGGUGGGUGGGGGGGAAUAAUUCUUUUAAUUUUAUUCCAAGUAAAACAAAGAGUUUAUUACAUGAAGAAUGUGAAAUGAGCAUGAAGAGACAGGCUUUAGGAAAAAUACCAGAAAGUACCUUUUAAAAGAUGUCAUUGUUCAACCUCCACAUGGCCUUCAGUUGUGCAAUUACAAGAUGAGCCACGAAAGGGCCAACGCCUACAUAGAUGGGCUCCGAAAGGCUUGUUAGAUGUCAGUUUUUAUUCUUGGGGUGAAAAAUGGUAAGAGCUCUUCCAGUGUUAUCCCUCAAAUGCUACUUUGAUAUUUGUUGCCAUUUUUAUAAUGUGAAGUCUUCAGGCUUCAGUCUUCAGGCUGACUUUCCUGGAAACAACAAACUAUUAUAGUAGACAGAGCCUGAUUGGCCAAGUCGUAAGGUAUAUUCAGAAUGGCAUGGGCACCUAUACACGGGCAACGUUUAGCUUAAACCUUUUCCGCAGGGAAGGUGAUAAGGGCUUUAAUGGCAGAAUUGACAUUCUUCUUUUCUUUUUUUUUCUGCCUUUUCUAGGGCUGCACCUGCGACAUAUGGAGGUUCCCAGGCUAGGGGUCCAAUCGGAGCUGUAGCCGCCAGCCUACGUCAGAGCCACAGCAACACGGGAUCCGAGUCGCAUCUGCGACCCACACCACAGCUCACGGCAACGCCAGAUCCUUAACCCACUGAGCAAGGCCAAGGAUUGAACCUGCAAUCUCAUGGUUCCUAGUCGGAUUCAUUAACCACUGCACCCCAACAGGAACUCCGGCAGAAUUGACAUUCUUUUCAGGGUAUUGAGUCUGUGUGCUUUGGGAAAUUAUUGAAACUUUUGAUUUUAUUUUUGGUGCUAAUGAACAAAGAAUUUUUAAUCUGAUUGCAUAAAAUUAUUAUUAUUAUUGUCUUUUUAGGGCUGUACUCACGGCAUAUGGCGGUUCCCAGGCUUAGGGGUCUAAUUGGAGCUGUAGCCACUGGCCUAAGCCAUAGCCACAGCAACAUGGGAUCCAAGCCAAGUCUGCAACCUACACCACAGCUCACGGCAAUGCCGGAUCCUUAACACACUGAGUGAGGCCAGGGAUCGAACCUGUGUCCUCAGGAAUGCUAGUCAGAUUCGUUUCCACUGAGCCACGAUGGGAACUCCUGAAUGCAGAAUAUUAUUAAAGAAAUCCCCUUAAAGCAUACUUUUCAAGUCAAAGGAUUUUGAGAGGCCUUAUUGGUGGGCUAAAAUUACAUAUACUAGAGUUCCAUGGUGGCACAGUGGGUUAGGAUCAGACAUUGUCACUGUAGUGGCGUGGGUUUGAUCUGUGGCCGCGUGACCUGGCAUGGCCAAAAAAAUUUAUGUACACAGAUAUAGAAAUAUUGUAAGGACUCAUUUCCAUUUUUAAAAUGAAAUCUAUAGUAUCUGAUUACAAUUAUUCAUUCUAUUGUAUUAUAUGUGGGAAUAUAAAUAUCUGAAUUCUUCUCGGAGGAUUUGGUUUACAUCCAAGGCUGUUGGCAGUGGACACUAAGUUUACCUCAGGAAUUGUACUCACACAGGACUAGAUUAAGAAACAAUGCUAGAGUUGAUCAUUUUGGAUACUAAUAUAAAAUCAUUAAAAUAAAAGCUAAACAGAAUUGUCACAUGUAGUCCAUAAUGCAUUUGUAUGUGUUAUUCUGUAACUUGUUUGUAUCUAGGCAACUUUUAUACUUUGUAUCAUUUAAUAAUAAAAAAAUUAAGCAACUUA